UCAAUUUUCACAUUUAAGAAAACAACGAACGGAGAGCAAAUCCGGUGGGCGCCCAUUAAAUAUAAAAUCUUAAAUGAGAAAAGCAGAGUCUCCGGCUACUUCCACCCAAAUGACUUAAAAACCGGCAAUAAGUCUUCACGUUCAAUUCAAUUUCUUACCCCAAAAAAAAUAAAAAACCUUCCUUCCAUAUUCUUCUUGAAUCCUUUUCUUACAACAAUUAUUCAUUGAGAGAGAAAAAAAGUUCUUGUCAAAUGGAAUGUCGAUUCUUUGUGGCGCUUUGUCUCUGCUCUAUGCUUGUUAAUUUCCCUCUUUUUUCCUGUUCUACCAUUCGAUUGCAUCCUUACAAGAAAAUAUUACAGAAAAAAAGUGUGUUUGAUCCAACUCGGGUCACUCAACUUUCCUGGAAUCCCAGGGCUUUCUUAUACAAGGGAUUUUUAUCAGAUGAGGAGUGUGAUCAUCUUAUUAAUCUGGCUAGAGAUAAACUCGAGAAAUCAAUGGUGGCUGAUAAUGAAUCCGGGAAGAGUAUAGAGAGUGAAGUGAGAACCAGCUCUGGCAUGUUUAUUGGAAAAGCCCAGGAUGAAAUUGUUGAUAAUAUUGAGGCCAGAAUUGCUGCAUGGACUUUUCUUCCUCAAGAAAACGGCGAGUCCAUUCAAAUACUACACUAUGAGCAUGGUCAGAAGUAUGAACCGCAUUUUGAUUAUUUUCAUGACAAGGCUAAUCAAGAGCUGGGUGGUCACCGGGUUGUCACUGUGUUAAUGUAUCUGUCCAAUGUUGAAAAGGGUGGAGAAACAGUGUUUCCCAACUCAGAGGGAAAAACAAUUCAACCAAAGGAUGAUAGCUGGUCUGAUUGUGCAAAAAAUGGCUAUGCAGUGAAACCCCAGAAGGGUGAUGCAUUGCUGUUCUUCAGUCUUCACCCCGACGCAACGACUGACACAAACAGCUUGCACGGGAGUUGUCCAGUUAUUGAAGGUGAGAAAUGGUCAGCAACCAAGUGGAUUCAUGUCAGAUCCUUUGAGAAAUCACUGAAGCAUGCAGCAAGCGGGGGUUGUAUCGAUGAGAAUGAGAACUGCCCUUUGUGGGCAAAGGCCGGUGAGUGUGAAAAGAACCCUGUUUAUAUGGUGGGUUCAGAGGGGUCUUAUGGUUCUUGUAGGAAGAGCUGUAAGGUAUGCUCGUCCUAGGAAGUCUCUUUGUUUUGAAAAUGGAAGGGUUCAUGCUUAAACACUGUAGAUUACAGUGGGCCGUGCUGUCUUUGUACCUGUAUGCGGCAUAUCUUUAUUAAACCUCAAGGAGCUAUACUAAACCUUAUGGAGCAGUCAUUCGACGCUCACACUUAAAACUGUCACAAAAUAGAAGUUCUAAUCUCA